AUGAGUCCAUUCCCGGAGAGGUUCUUCAAGUUCGGCUACGAACCUCAAAACAAGAAGGUAAACACGUACUUCCAGCUGAACUACCUCGAUGCUAUUACCUUCGCACUUGAAGAUGACCACAUAGACAAGCUUAUGGACUCCCAAUUUGGGAAACUUUUUCAAGCUGGCAACAAGAUCGCAUCUUCCGUUAGGUUUCUCCACUUUCUGCUGUCUAGGCAACUCGUUACCAGUAAGAAGAAAGAGAUAUGGUGUCUUUUCUCUGGUCAGCCAAUUCGUUUCUCGAUGAGGGAGUUCACUAUUGCUACAGGUCUGGAUUGCUCGACUCUACCUUCGACAUCUGAAGGUGACGAUGAUGAAAUCAAGAGUUACACUAAGCAAUUGUUUGGGUCUGAGAAAAAUGCAACUCCACUUUGGAUAGCCAAUACUCUUUUGGGCAGGCCGUACAAGGACAAAGAUACCAGAUUCAAGCUUGCUUGUCUACUACUAGUUGACGGGAUAGUAUGUCCCACCUCUAAGAAUACAAAAAUAAAUGGGGAUCAUAUCUUGAUGGUUAGAGAUGUUGAUGAAUUUCUCUCCUAUCCUUGGGGUCGCAAAUCGUUUGACAUCACAAUGGAAAGCAUAAAAACUAGAACUGUUACUCUGUCCAAUCUCUGUCAGCCGACCUGUGCGAUUCAGGGCUUCUUACACGCUCUUCAAAUGGUGGUUUUAGCUUGCGUCCCCAACUUGUUGUCUAAGGAUGUUAAGGGGAAGAAACCAAGCUUAGCUGAUGAUGAUGAAGACGACGAUGAUCUCCCAUUACUACGCCCCGGUGCCCAGAAACCAAUUACACUUCAGAUGAAUCAUGUUAAAAUGGUUGACAAAGACGAUAAGGUCGUUGUAAAACAUAUCCUCGAAGAUGAGGACUCAGUCUUCGACGAGGAGGAUAUAUUACACCCAGAUGAAGACGAGGACUCGAAGGUGAAAAAGCUGAUGAGUGCCAUUGAACAUGGAACUGCAUUCAUCAACAAGUCCUUCGUUGGCGGAGUCAAGGCAUCCGAACAUAAGAAAUUGCUUGCUGGAAAUUCCAGCAUUUUGAAUGCGGUUAACACACUUACAUCUGAUUUUCGGCUGAUUCGCCGUGAUGUGAAAUCGGCAGUCAAUGAGCUAGCCUUUUUACGAGCCGAGUUCACUAAAUUCAAAGAGAGGAGUCGUCCUACUGACACAUUACCCAUUACAACCUCAAACAAAGUUCACAGAGAAGAACGACAAAAAGAUAACCAAGGAAGUAACGAUGGUGAUCAGGAAAAAGAUAACGAGGGGAAUGAAGAGGGAGAAGAUAACGCAGCAGACCAGGAAGGGGAGAAACAAGUGUAUGAACAGAGAACCGGUCAUGGUGUUGUCGGUUCUCAAGUUGGAGAUGAAAAAGAAGUUACUUUCACCGAUGAGACUACCAAGGCGACUAAUACGAUUGAUGAAGUACUUCAAGAUUUAAAUUCCUGUGAUCUGGGGGUAGAUGAAAGUACCAAUCUCCCAGUUUCGUCCAUUCCUGUAACAGAUCCAAAUAUACAGGAGACAGAGGACAUUGCAGACGUCCAAGAUCCAAUUCCCGAACCCGCAAAUACAAAGGAGACAGAGGACAUUGCAGACGUCCAAGAUCCAAUUCUCGAGCCCGCAAAUGCAAAGGAGACAGAGGACAUUGCAGACAUCCAAGAUCCAAUUCCCGAGCCCGCAAAUACAAAGGAGGCAGAGGACAUUUCAGACGUCCAAGAUCUAAUCCCCGAGCCUGCAAAUACAAAGGAGACAGAGGACAUUGCAGAUGUCCAAGAUCCAAUUCCCGAGCCCCCAAAUACAAAGGUUACCGUUGACCAUGAUGACUCAAGUGUUUCCAUUUUUGUUUCGGAUAACGAACAGCCAAUAGUAGACGAUCCUCCAGCUUUUUCACUAGGUCUAACGCAGGAAGAGAAAAACCGUGAGGAAUCUCGGCUAAGAGAACAAGAGUACAAGAGAAAAACGGAUGUUGGAGAUUCUUCCAAAUGUCCUCCUCCAACACGUAAAAGCUACAUGAAUGCCAUAGUUGCCUCUAUUCGUGAUGAGCUGUGGGCAACCAGAGAAGCUCAUCCCAUCAAUUAUGAUUUCGUUGAGUUCGGAUUAAUCGUCGAAAUUGUCAGGCUUCAUGAUCAAUUUCUAUCAAACUCGAAGAAGGCCAAGAUAACCCUGCCCAAAGGUACCAUAUCCUACGUCAAAAACAGAUUCCCUUGGUACACUGUAGUCGGUCGUCUCUACUGUCCCUUCCAUAUUGAUGGUAGGCUUUGGAUUGGUCUUUGCAUCGAUUUGGAGGCACACGAUAUAGCUGUUUUUAAUUGCAACCCAACAAUUAAGGAGAUGAAGCUUAAGACCCUCAUAGUACCACUUGCCGAAUCUCUACCACACUUCAUCAGGAAAGUAGCGUACAACUCAGAGAUGAAGAACGACACCCUAGACGCAUUCAACAUUUCAAUUUGCUAA